AUGGACAACGCAGCCCAUGCUGAUCAAAUAUGGAACGUUGAAUGGACUUCUUCUAAUAAAGUUAUAUCGGUAUCUGCUGAUGGAACAGCUGCCUGUUGGGAUGUUGAAUCGGGUAAAAAGCUACACGGAACACAGGCCCAUCCGUUAGGGUUGAUAUCUGCGUCCACUUCUUCCUCACCCAACAGCACCGAAAAGGUUGUUUUGAAUUCGGUUGAGGGAACAGUAUUCCUUUGGGAUCUCGAAACGCAAGGAAUUGUAGCAAAGCGAGAAACUUUUAACCGCGAAAAAUCAGGCGAAUCUGCUUUUUCAGUGUCUAUGCAUCCAUCGGGGGGAUCUUAUGCUUCAACUGGAAACGGUGGGAUUGCCUUCAUAUGCUCGACCGGGUUAGAUAAGUUUGGAGAAGUUCAAAGCAAAUUGACACCAACUCGCGCGAAAUUUGGGAUGUGUGUAAAACAUUCACCAGACGGGAAAUAUUUAGCCUUGAGCUCGGAGAACGGUCAAUUAUCUGUUUUUGAUCUCGCAACUCAACAACUCUCAGUGACUUAUGCCAGCCAUGCAAUGUGCGUGAGAAGUCUUGCAUGGAGCUCGGAUAGUCAGUUGCUUCUCUCAGCCUCGGACGACAAGCGUUUGUUACUUCAUGAUUUACGUACACCUCCUCCUAUUUCGCAAGGAGGGCAUCCUCGGUUAGGGGCAGGAGCUGUUGCCGCUUUUAGUGGUCACUCGAGCUGGGUAUUAUCUGCCAGCCUUAGCUCUGAUGGAAAGUUGGCCGCGAGCGGAUCUUCCGACAAGCAUGUUCGCGUGUGGGAUAUUGGUGCGAGAAAAUCUUUGGCUGUACAACAACAUGCAGGCGAAGUCUGGGGUGUGUCAUGGCGCCCUAUACUGGCAGGUGGAGGUAAUACGUUUGUAACCGGAGGCGAAGAAAAAGCUGUUGAAUGGUGGAGUGCUCCCGGAGCAUGA